AUGCCCAGUGAGCCUGUGCCGUCCCACAUUACUGAGCUCCUCAAUGCCCUUCCCCAAGACCGUAUACACUUGACAUCCCUAGUGGAUCCACGACGAACUGAGCGAAUGCAUGACUAUUGGCGUUCAGCUACAUCCUCCCAUACGAGUGUCCCUCGAACGCGAGCCAUACCACCACCUUCCCUGGAGGCAGACGACCCACCGUUCGUCACAGAAACUGACGAGCCGAAUCUUCAGGGCCACCACGAGCAUCUGGCACUCACAGAGGGGCAUUUGACGCACCUUUUUCGUGGGCUCGACCACGGCCUGCUGGGUGCACACGAGCCGCGCUCUGUGCCUUUGUCCACCUCCACGGAUGCGCCACUGACGUCAUCUAUGCCGCAGGUGGACGCCACCGCGAAACAGACCGUGGGCGACCAGCCAUGGCAGGCAGAGAUCCCUGGAUGGGCACCGGGGCAGGUGCCGGACGCGCCAUGCAUGACGUUCCCAGAGGGCGUGCAAGCUCCCUCUACGGUGUUUGAGCAUGCAGCCGCGAUCCAUGGCACGGAUCGCAUGUCGACAGCGGUCCGUGACCAUGUCCUUCGGUAUGCCCAUACCUUGUAUGCGCGCUGGGCGUCGUCUCAAAAGCCUGAGGUUCCCACUACGCGGCCGCCCACCACCACUCCGAAGGUGCGGGCGCCGCCGCCCUCGCUCAUGCUGGCCUUGCUGUACCAGCUGUACCAAAUGGACCCGACACACAUACCUACGAUGCUUAUCCUGUCCUGUACAUAUUUUCUGGCCGGCAACUUGCGAGCGUCGCUGUGGUACAGCAAUGCGAUUCUGCGCCUCGAUCCGCAUUAUAUUGAGGCCAUGUCGAACAUAGGCUGUGCCUUGCGGGGUCUUGGGCACUGGCAGGAGGCUGAGCAAUGGUGGUGGCGCGCCCUCCAUUUGUCGCCAGGGUACUGGGACGUCUUUGAAAACUUACUGGAUGCGCUGUGUCAUCCUGUGGCAUCGACAUCCGACAUGCCAGGCCGCGAUCCUCAAUGGGACAUGGCUCUGCGGCUGUGCGACUUUGUGGAUGCGCAUAUUAUGCUCGUCCGCCGGCCGAUGCGUGCAAGCGCUGCUGCUUCGGAUGCAUCGGGCCGAAUUCAAAUCGGGUUAAAUGCUGGCACGUACGAGCCCCAAGCGCUCCCACCUUCGUGGUCGCUGGCUGUGGUGCCGCGCGUGCAGCAUCUGUUCUUUGCCAAAGGCAACCUUACCUAUGCCCUACCAGGCCAUGCUCCCGCGGCGGCUGUGGAUGCCUACCUGCGUGCGCUCGAAGUUGUGCUGAGUUCUCGCGGGCAGCCCAGCUUCACGCUGCGUGACCUGGUCGUAGCCGUGGUGGUGUUUGGGAUGCUGACACAUGGCUCGGUAGUUUCGGGGCAGGCACCGGGCCCGGUCCACCACGCAAUGGCAGACGCCCUCGGCAUCGACCUACGUCAUCCGGCAGAAGCCCAGGCAGUCACAGAGGGUCGGUACCUCCUCCUUCACUCCCAAGGUCUCUUGGGCUUGGUCCAUGCCGCAGGGGAUCGCCUCGUUCGUGUGCUCUUGGAGGCGGGGGGCGGUACUCUCCCCACCGUGCUCUUCCUCCCGGAGCAGAUCAGUAGUAUGGCCGAGGUGCUAUGGGCCAAGACGGAUGGCACCUUCCCUGUGUUCACGACGCUCCAGGACCCACUGGCCAAGUCCACGGCGCUGCGUACGCAGGUGGCCCACAUGAGUGCGACCAUCCUUUUGGUGCUCGCCAAGGUGUUCCAGGACACACUAACGGCAUCCACGGCGCCUGUCCACCAAGACCUCUCGCUUCGUGGCCUCCCGCUGAGCACGUCGUUGUUGCUGGUCUUGCACUAUCUCUCCCUGGCGUGGCAUAUGCGAGCGCCUACAUGCAACAACCUCGGCAUCUUGUUGUCCAGUUUGCCUGUGACGACCAGUGUCGUGGCCCGCGAAGGAGAGCGUGUAACCCUGUACGGCCCACCGCUGGCGUUGCGGUACUAUGCGCUGGGCCUACAGCUGGAUCCACGUCACUCUCACCUGUACACGAACCUCGGCAGCCUGCUGAAGGACAUGGGCCGACUCCCCGAAGCCAUUGCGAUGUACGAACGAGCUGUCUCGCUGCAUCCAACGCUCGACGUGGCGCUGGCCAACCUCGCCAGCGCGAUCAAGGACCAGGGUCGACCGCAAGAUGCGAUUCCGUACUACCAGCGCCUUGUCCAUCUCCAUCCGCAUUUCCCAGAAGGGCUUUGUGGGCUGGUCCACGCGAUGCUCUGUGUGUGUGACUGGCGCAUGGUCUACCCACCGUCCGGCUCCGGCUGGAUGAACCGCGCUGUUGCCACAGUUGCUCGGCAACUGCAAGUGGGCUCCAAGUACGGCCGCGGUCUGCUACGUCUCCAAGCCAAUCUCGAUACAUGGCUCGACAUGAUCGUGCGGAUGCUGGGCGAUGACCGAUCGCAUGUCCGCGAGCUCUGGCGCAAGAAACUCGAGCCGUUCUUUGCGCCGCACACACUCGCCGAAUGGGUCAACGAAGGUGGGUUCCUUUUGCGGCUGGUCGAGCGGUUGAUGCGUAUCUCGCAGUGGCGCUGGUACCACGACAAGUACAAGCGCGGCGAGGCGGCUGAGUCGCAUCGGUACGACCGCCUGGUGCUGCCGUCCAGUCUGAUGCAGCCGGCCGCUACGUCCGUGUUGCCGUUCCACACGUUUACAUACCCGCUCUCGCCGCGCCAAGUGCGUCUCAUCUCGCAUCGCACAGCGCUGCGUACGACGUACUCGGCCCUUUCCCAGCCAUGGCUCCCACGCCAUGUCCUUCCGCCGCCGCCGCCGCCCGUCGAAAAGCUGCACAUCGGCUACGUGUCGAGCGACUUCAACAACCACCCCCUUGCGCAUCUCAUGCAGUCGGUGUUUAGCUUGCACGAUCGGCAUCGCUUCACGAUUUUCUGCUAUGCGACCUCGCCGUCCGAUGCGACGAGCUACCGCCAGAAAAUUGAGCGCGAUGCGCAUCAUUUCCUCGAUGUAUCGGCAUGGACGUCCGAGCGCAUUAUCCGACGUGUGCACCAGGACCAAAUCCAUAUCCUAGUCAACCUCAACGGGUACACCAAAGGCGCGCGCAACGACAUCUUUGCACCACGCCCGUGUCCUGUCCAAAUGCAGUUCAUGGGCUUUGCUGGCGGCCUCGUGUCUGGGUGGACCGACUGGCUCGUCGUCGAUCCCAUUGUGUGUCCUCCUGCGCUGACGGCGUCUGAGCAAUGGCGCAAGGCCUCGUACGAACCCAGCCCCACGGAUCUGGGGGCCGAUCUCGAUCCCGAAGGCGAGCAUGACGACUGGGUGUACAGUGAGCGCAUGUUUUACAUGCCCCAUUCGUUCUUUGUGAACGAUCAUGCGCAAGGGUUCCGCGAGCCGGACAUUGCGCCGCUGGAGCCAACCGACGAGGACGCCUCCUCUGACGACGCUGCUACGCGAUGGCGACACGAGGAAAUUCGGCGCUGGCGUAUGCGCAAAGCCAUUUUCCCUGCCUUGGCCGACGAUAUGGUGAUCUUUGCGAACUUCAAUCAGCUGUACAAAGUCGAUCCAGCGCUCUUCCGUGCAUGGCUGGAGAUCCUUCGUCGUGUGCCUCGCAGCAUUUUGUGGCUUCUUCGCUUCCCAUGCAGCGCGGAAGAGCAUUUGCGUCGCGAUGCCGAAGAGUUUGGCGGGCCUGACGUUGCGUCACGCAUCGUCUUUUCGGACGUCGCCGACAAACACCUGCAUAUCUAUCGCGGCCGCGUCGUGGACUUGUUUCUCGAUACAGUCGAAUGCAAUGCGCACACGACAGCCGUCGAUGUGCUUUGGUCUGGUUCGCCCGUCCUCACGUGGCCAAAGCACAUGCACAAACUGUGUUCGCGCGUCGCUGCGAGUCUCUUGCAUGCUGUGCACUUGGAGAAGCAGCUCGUGGUCCACACCAUCGAGGCGUACGUCGAUCGCGCUGUGGCCCUCGCCACGUCCCUGGCGUACCGCUACAUGACGCGCACGCCAGCGGCCCAGAAGGCAGAGGAGGAGGCAUAUGCUUACACAGACGCCGCCCCGCCGACGGCUCACGAUGCGUCGGGGAUGCCGCCGAGCCAGCAGCCUGUAUACUGCACCUCUGACGCCAUUAUAAACUCCUUAGUGAUUCCCGACGAAUCGCCUAUCUUUUUCCGCACGGGGACCGGCGAACUGCUGGACAUUCGUCGGUCGCUGUUCCUUUCUCGGGACCAUUCGCCCUUGUUCAACACACGUGGAUGGACUCGAUGCUUGGAAGCCGGCUACGAAGAAGCAUGGCGUCGUUGGGAAGCGGGUACCGAUCGCGAAGAUUCGCCGGAGUACGAUGCUUUGCCCUCUGAUGCCCCUGAAAAGCAAAGCAGCCAUAUUUGGCUGCCUCCCUAUUCCAUGUAA